UCUUCAUUAUUCUUGGCCAAUAUGGGUCAAGACCAGGGACUAAAGCCACAGGAGCCAGCUCUGUCCCAUCCCCACCCCAGACUCCUCUGGAUCAGAUUCACCUGCUGGACACUUGCCAGAUGGGGAGACUGGUGCAUCUUUAAUGAAGUCACCUGAUCCCUGGGACAAGCUCCUGGCCUCACCAAGUUCCUGGAGCCAGACCCACUGGGUGACCACUGAGUCACUGCCUGCCUGAACUGGGGUGCCAGGUGUGUUUCCCCUGCAGCCAUGAACCAGGCCUUCUGGAAAACCUACAAGUCCAAAGUGUUACAGACCCUAAGUGGAGAACCUGAGGAGGACCUGGCAGAGGAGAGAGGGAACCCAGCGUUAGCGGAAUCUGAGCCGGCAGAACCCGCAGAAGAGGCUUUCCAUUCCAUGUCACAGUUGGCCCGCCGGGUUCAGGGGGUUGGGGUGAAAGGUUGGCUGACAAUGUCGUCUCUGUUUAACAAAGAAGAUGAGGACAAGCUACUGCCACCGGAGCCCUGUGCGGACCACCCGCUGGCGGCGCGGUCCCCCUCGCAGGCAGUGACCGCGACGGAGGUGGAGCCGCGCGGGCCGGGAUUCUGGGACGCGUUCGCCAGCAGGUGGCAGCAGCAGCAGGCGGCAGCGGCAUCCAUACUGCGCGGCGCCGAACCCAACCCGGAGCCAGACCCCGAAGCCGGGGAUGAAGCCGCAGAGGAGGCCGCCGAGCGCCCCGAGCCGGGGGAGGCCGACAACGUGGCCGGCUUCAAGUGGGGCUUUCUCACCCACAAACUGGCCGAGAUGAGGGUGAAGGCUGCGCCCAAGGGCGACUAGUCGGCCGGCCCAGCUGGACACCCCCUCCUUUC